CUUCCUAUACGUUUCCCCGACUGCUCUACGCCCUUUCCGUUGUGUCCACAAAACAAGGAAAAGCAAUAGCGGUUUUUUUCCCGCAAUAAAAAAAUAGAUUAUUCAACAACGCACUGAUAAAGCUGAUAAUAUCUAUCCGUGUUCAAAUAAAUUCCACUGUUUAUCCUAUUCAUAGAUCGCCCUCCUUUUGCCUGUCCAAUUAAUAAAUACAGACCGGAAUAUGUGGAAAUUGGUGACACGCGGGAUACGUGAAUCCCUUGAACGUCGUGCGAGCUGUCGCACAAAUAUUCAUUCACAAACGCCAGGAGAUAACCGUGGUACAACCAAAAGUGAGGUUAAAUAUGAUUUUAUCAAGAACCAUAAGUUUCUAGCACCUAACAUCGUAGUUAAGUGUAACAGCGGCCCCGGAGGUUCGACGAAAACUGAUGGACCUAAAUAUAAAAAAUACAACUCCAAAUGGGAUACCCGCAGAUCAUGGUCUGAAGCUGUCGGAUGGUCUAGUGCACUUGCAGUGGGUUGGGUCGUUUGUCAAUCAUUGUGUUUCCGCAGACGUCCUUUCAAAUGCUCAACGGAAAACAAAUGGCACAAUCACUUUUCAAAAUUACACAGCACACGGUUUCUUUUUGUCGAUACUUUUGGUCUUCAUCCUCAACCGGUAUUACCAAUAACCAAUUGCAUUGCCAAUAACAGAAUUGACCAGUUUGAGAAUAAUGCAAAACAAGAAUGGCUACCAGCAAAGCCAUAUGGCCCCAUUACUAUUGAAGAGGCUCUGAAAGAAGCUAAAGACGAUUACACGAAAACUCAUCGGAUCGUUAUGGGCGAGUUUGAGCUACGUUUUGGAAUAAAGGCACUUGAAGAGAAACGUUACAAAGAUGCGGUCAAGCAUUUCACCACUGGUGCAAAUCUUUCAUCGUCUGGAAGUAUGUUUAAUUUGGGACUUUGUCAUGAGCUUGGGAUCGGAACUCUGACAGAUACAAUACAGGCCGCGAAGUAUUAUAAAAAUGCAGCAGAUAGAGGUCAUCCUGACGCAAUGUACAAUCUCGGUGUGUUUCAUGCCCAGGGACGGGGUGGGAUGAGUUCAAAUGCAAAUAAGGCUCGUGAAUUAUUCAUCCAAGCAGCCAAUCUUGGUCAAAUGCAGGCACAACUGGCAUUGAACAUGGAGAAAAAGGUUGGCUCAACUGAUACGGAAAUCUCGACGAUCGAUAGCUCACAAACGGAAAUCAUUCCUCGAGAAAACCAUGUCGUAUAUUGUAAGACGAGAACUCUUUCAUCAACAUUGAAACAUGAAGGUGCGAUCGCUUUAGAGGAACUUUGUAACGAGUCGGAACGCUUGUUGUUCUAUAAUAGAAUGGAACUAACCGAAAAUUCCACAAAUACUUUUCUCAAUUCGCUCGGUAUUCAAACGAAUCGACAUAGAAUUCUCGUAAAUUCUAGUGAUUGUAAUGCGUCUUAUUACACUUGAAUAUCGCAUACAUAGUGUGUCAUAAUGAUUUGUUUAUGUAUAGCCGGAGCAAAAAACUUUUUUCAAUCAUUUCUGGAUUAUUUAUUUUACUGUAAAUGUUUCAAUCAUUGGAUCCUUGCUGAUUCAUGAAGAUAAAUAUAUACGCUCGUAGCGUGUAGCUUGUUUUUUUGACGAGGAAUCGAACUUUUGUUCCUUAAUUCGGGAACCUGUGAAGCUUUUUCAUUCCUUGUAUAAGAAAAUUUUAUGAUGCAGUUUUCAGAGUCGGAAAAAAUGUUGCUCUGCUCAGAUGAUAAAAAUUUCAAUGUUACGCUAUUAUCUAUCGAAAGAAAACUCGUUCAUACCAAUUCGUACAUCCGAUAGCAUAUACAGAAUUCAAAUUACAUUUUCAAAAACUUAAGAAUAUGUCGCUGGCGAUAUAAUAGACUAAACCAGUUAUAAGCAAGACUAAAACCCGGUUGACUGAAAAGUAUGGGAGAAAUAGACAAGUUUAUAAGGCAUAAAUUGUAUUUUUUGAUUAUUUCGGUAUAAGUCGUAAUUAAAAUUGCGAGUGAAAAUUAGCAACAUUUUAUCUGUUGGUUCUUUUAGCAUAGAAGACUAAAGUUAAAAGAUAAUUACCAUAGGUUUAACUAAGAAAAAACCAUAUAUUUUUGACAACUUAUUUAUUGAAUCAAAUAAAUUUGAUUUUCAAGGUACAACAACUAAAUGUUAAAAUAAAAAAAAUUCCGACUCUACCUGGCUACGGGUGUACACGUUUGUUUUUGACACAUAUUCUGUUCCUUCCAAGUGUAAACAAUAUUAUGAAUACAUACUAAUUCAAUAGCGUUUUACUUUUAGUCACUCGAUAUUUUAUAAUGAUAAUUUGAACAACCAUUCUGUAAAUGAAAAUAAAUUAUCAAUCGCCCAAAAACGGAAACGAGAAGUUAAUCAUUUGUAGUAUGUAUACAAUCACAAAGAUAUUAUAAAUCUGCAUACUUUAUUAA